AGAGAUCAAUGAGAUAGUGCAGAUAUACACAGAUCUAGAGACUCCAGGAGACGAUGCGACACUCAGCCUGAAAAGAUUUGGAAGAUACAAAAUGAAAACUGAUUAUUGAAUGAAAUUAAAACCUAAGAUUGUCCUUCGAGGAAAGAGCAUCAAAAGGGCCCCAGGAGAAGAAACCGAGAAGGAAGAAGAGGAGGAAGACAGGGAGGAGGAAGAUGAAAAUGGCUUGCCCAGAAGGAGGGGUCUUAGGAAAAAAAAGACGACCAAACUCCGACUGGAGAGGGUCAAGUUCAGGAGACAGGAAGCUAACGCACGCGAGAGAAACAGGAUGCACGGCCUCAACGACGCUCUGGACAAUUUAAGAAAAGUGGUCCCCUGCUAUUCCAAAACCCAAAAACUGUCCAAAAUAGAAACUUUACGACUGGCCAAAAACUACAUCUGGGCACUUUCUGAAAUUCUGAGAAUCGGCAAGAGACCUGAUCUGCUCACGUUCGUCCAAAACUUAUGCAAAGGUCUUUCCCAGCCAACUACAAACUUGGUGGCAGGCUGCUUGCAGCUCAAUGCCAGGAGUUUCCUGAUGGGUCAAGGUGGGGAGGCUGCGCACCACACAAGGUCACCCUACUCUACUUUCUACCCGCCCUACCACAGCCCUGAGCUCACCACUCCCCCAGGGCAUGGAACUCUUGAUAAUUCCAAGUCCAUGAAACCCUACAAUUAUUGCAGUGCAUAUGAAUCCUUCUAUGAAAGCACUUCCCCUGAGUGUGCCAGCCCUCAGUUUGAAGGUCCCUUAAGUCCUCCCCCAAUUAACUAUAAUGGGAUAUUUUCCCUGAAGCAAGAAGAAACCUUGGACUAUGGCAAAAAUUACAAUUACGGCAUGCAUUACUGUGCAGUGCCACCCAGGGGUCCCCUUGGGCAGGGUGCCAUGUUCAGGUUGCCCACCGACAGCCACUUCCCUUACGACUUACAUCUGCGCAGUCAAUCUCUCACCAUGCAAGAUGAAUUAAAUGCAGUUUUUCAUAAUUAAUGAGGAAAAUGAAAAUAAACAGUGGUCAUUCACCUCCCCCGUCUAAUUAAGACAAAGCAGAUGCUUGUGGGCUGAGUAACUGGCACAACUCUAUCUGAGGUGUUUACUAGUUCCUGAAGUGUGUUUCAACUAUUGUGAGAAUUUUCUAUGUAAUAAUAAACCUCUUUUCGUAUAAGGACUUCUUUUCCUUUCCUUUUGUCUGUAAAGCACUGUGAAUCUGUUUCUACUGGAAGGAUUUUUUUUCCCUUGUUUUAUUUUCUUUUAAAUUCACUUUGAAUUAAAUUUGUUUGAACAAGGUGUCUAAGAAUAUACUGUUGAAUAAAGACAUGCACACAGCAUAACUCAAUGUCUAUUUCAGUUGUACAGUAAUUAUAAAAAAUGCAUGUUAUUAAAAUCAGAUGAAUAAAAUGAUGUGUUUAUAAUUACUAGCAAUUAUAUAUUAUGUAUCUCUGAAAAUUGAAAAUUGAAAAUAUUGAGAAUAACACGAAGGUGACAUUGAUAUUAGAAGAUGCAUUUGAAGAUGUGCAACAAUAUAAAAAGCUAUGCAAUUUUCUUUUUAUUAAGGAUGAAUCUAAAUGCAUUCAAUUGGUAACUAUUCCUCUUCAAGUAUUGCAGAUGGGGCAACAUGAUAUUUGGGUGGACGGUGUCAUGAUUUUGAAACAAUUAUUUCAAUCGUAAAGAAAAAUUUUUCGGCACUUGUUUUGUAUUGUUCAGAAAUUAUCUGUACAGGUUUGUUAUCACAAUGUAUAAUUGUGUUUUUCCACCCCACAUUUUUAAAGCAAUUAAACAUAGAUAUUUACACUCCUAAA